AUGCUCGAUGUGCUGAGGCGCACGCUGGUGCAGCCGCAGGGCAGCCGCGCGGUGCGCGGUGUCGUGGCCGUGCCGCAGACGCAGUAUGAGGUUGUCUUCUGCCUGUGGCUGCUGAGCUUUGAGCGCCAGCUGGCGGCUGUGCUGGACAAAACAUACGACAUCAUCCCUGUGCUCGUCGAUAUCGCGCGGUCGACGGGCAAGGAGAAGGUCAUCCGCGUCGUCGUGUCGACGCUCAGCAACCUGCUUUUGGCGCCCGACGCCAACGUGCCCAGCAUGCUGGUUGGCGGCGUGCCGGCGUGCCUGCGGACGCUGGCUGUGGGGCGUAGCUUCAAGGACGAGGAUCUGAAGGCGGCGCUGGCGCAGCUCACCGAGGACCUGGCCGGCCACUCGGGCGUCAUGACCACGUGGGACGAGUACUGUGCGGAGGUCGCUUCUGGGAAGCUGCACUGGAGCCCGGCCCACCGCUCGGAACAGUUCUGGAAAAUGCACGUGGCGCGGAUGGACGAGGCUGACCACCGCAUUGUGCGGCAGCUGGCGCAGGUGCUCGGCCGCGACGACGAGACGGCGCUGGCUGUUGCGUGCCACGACCUGGCGCAGUACGUCAAGUUCAACCCGGACGGAAAGCGGCUGCUGGCGCGCAUUGGCGCCAAGGCGCAGGUCAUGGCGCUGAUGACCAGCGAGUUCCCCGAGGUGCGCUACGAGGCGCUGAUGUGCGUGCAGCAGAUCAUGCUUAACGCGUGGCGCAACUGA